AUGCCACAGCUUCAGUCUAUCGAUCCUGGGCCUGAUACAAUCCGCGUUCUGAUAACGACGGAUAACCAUGUUGGAUAUAGCGAAUCAGAUCCAGUUAGAGGCGAUGAUGCCUGGAAGACAUUCGAAGAGAUCAUGACUAUUGCGAGGGACGAAGACGUUGACUUCGUUCUUCAGUGUGGUGAUCUGUUUCAUGUGAAUAAGCCCUCGAAGAAGUCCAUGUACCAUGUGAUGAGAACACUCAGGAGAACGUGUUUUGGUGAUAGACCUUGUGAGUUGGAGAUGCUGAGCGACCCUUCAACGGUGUUUGACGAUGGUAUCAAUAGUGUCAAUUAUGAGGAUCCCAAUCUGAACAUCAGUCUCCCUGUAUUUGCUAUAUCGGGUAAUCAUGAUGAUGCCUCCGGAUCUGGUCUAUUAUCUCCCCUGGAUCUUCUGAACGUGUCUGGACUGGUUAACCACUUCGGCAGAGUGAUACAAAAUGAUCACAUUGACGUUACACCUAUUCUGUUGCAAAAGGGAGAUACUAAAUUGGCUCUCUAUGGACUGGCAUCUGUUAGGGAUGAAAGGCUCUUCAAGUCUUUCCAAGAAAAGAAAGUAAAGUUUAGAAGGCCAAACGUCUUAGUUGAUGAGUGGUUUAACCUCAUGUGUGUACACCAAAACCAUAUACGAAGACCCAGAACUGCUUAUUUACCGGAGCAUUUCCUGCCAUCGUUCCUUGAUCUUGUAAUAUGGGGCCAUGAGCAUGAGUGUAUUCCUCAUACAACGUCAAAUCCAAAUGCUGGGUUUGAAACAUUGCAACCAGGCUCCUCUGUUGCAACAUCGCUAAGCGAAGGGGAAGCCCUCGAAAAGAAAGUGUUUAUCCUUAACAUACACCAUCAGGACUACAGUCUAGAGAGCUUCAAGCUGAAAACAGUGAGACCGUUUCAAAUGCUGGAGGUUGAAUUGCAACAAGUCCCGAAGUUGAAGCCAGGUGCAGCGUAUAGACAAGAUGUUACAAGAUACCUCAUACAACAGGUUGAAACACUCAUAUCCAAAGCACAAGAAGACUAUGAGGGGGACGAUGAAACGAUGCCACUGCCUCUCAUCAGACUUCGUGUUGAUUACUCUGGUGGUUAUGAAGUGGAGAAUCCAAGAAGAUUUAGCAACAGGUUUGUUGGACGAGUCGCCAAUGCCAACAGCGUAGUUCAAUUCCACAAGAGAGCAGAGGCCAGAACUUCAACAAAGUCAAAGGCACAGGAUAGACCAGUUGAUGCUGUUGAUGCUGAUAACGUGAACAUUGAAACAUUCAUCUCCAAUUAUCUUAGAGAGAUGGAAUUAUCUUUGUUACCUGAAAAGGGAAUGAAUGAUGCAGUGAAGAAGUUUGUUGAGAGAGAGGAUAAAACAGCACUGAAGGAUUACGUUAACUUAGAGCUGGAGGUUGAAGAGCGUGGAUUCUUGGAGAAUGAGAACUUGGACUUGGAAGAUAACUUCAAAUCGAUCAUGGAAAAGAUCAAGAAGGAAAGA